AUGCCAAGAAGAAUGCGAGGUAGACGUAUUAUGAGAAGAAGAGGAAGGAGAAGUACUUUAAGAAGACAAGCAUUUGGUAAUUUUGCAAGUGCAAUGCAACAAAGAGAUUCUACUAAGUAUGAAGCUACAUUAAUUAGAAAUGUAAAUGCUAUUCUUACUUCUACUCAAUAUUUUGAAAAUUAUAUGGGAAUGUAUGAUCAAUAUAAAGUUAAUGCUGUUAGAGCAUCACUUGAAAUGACAUUUAUUGGUAAUGGUUUAUUGAAUAGUGCUACUUUCCCUUCUAUUUGUACUGCAUGGGAUAGAAAUGGUGUUAAAAUUAAAGUAGUUGAAGUUAAUGGUACUAAAUAUUUUGGAGUACCUGAUUAUGGUGUUGUAUCAAGUUAUUCAUCUGCAAAUGAAAAGACAUUGUAUUAUGGAAGUAGAUGGGGUGUUAUUAGACAAUUAGAUGCUGCAUCAAUGAUGGAAAAAUCAAUGUAUUUACCAACAACAAAUACUAAACAAGUAUUAUCACAAGAUAAUAUGUAUAGUGCAUGGAAUCCUCAAUUACUUAUUUCACUUAAAGCUCCACAAGCUGUUGCUGCUAUGAAUGCUUGUACUUUAACUAUUCAUUGGCAAUUUGAUGUUACAUUAAGAGGAUUAAGAAAAGUUCUUGUUCCAAAUUCACAAAUAUUUAAACCAUAUUCUGGAUUUAUUGGUUAUGCUAAAAAUAAUAUGGGAUUAGUUGUUCCUUCUGCUGCUGAUGCUUCUGCUUAUAUUGUAGUUGGAAAUGCUGAUAAUAGUAGUAAACCUUCUAUUAAUCCUGAUACAGUAUAUAAUGCAAGUGAUUCUAGUUAUACUAAUGGAGGAAUUGUAAUGCCUAACAAUGGUAUGCCUGAAAUUUAUGAUGAUGAAGAUGAAGAAUAUCAUACUAAUUGGUCUGGUUAUCGUACACAAUUUAGAUAUAAUAGACAGCCUAUUGAUAAUGAAGUUCAAUUUUAUCGAUAUGGUGUACGUCCUUAUGUACCUUAUGAUAGAUAUUCUAAAAAUGAUGAAGAAGAAGAAAAAGAUAGAGUUAAACCUCGACAACCACUGAGUGAAGAUGAACGAAAUAAAAUUAAACAAGAAAUGAGAGAUGAAAUGAAACAACAAAUUAGAGAUAAUAAUAGACAGCAGCAGGGUGUUAAUCAAUCGUUACAACAACAAAUUAAUGAUGCUAAUCGUAUUGCUAAUGAAGCUAAAUUAAAAGCUCAAAUUGCUGAUAGUGAUUUAGAUGAAUAUGCUGAACGUACUGAAAAACGAUUCAAUGAUUAUAGACAGAAGUUUAUUACAUAUGAUACGUAUCAAGAAACUCUUCAAGAUCAAAUAAAUUAUAAUACACGUGAAAUACGUGAUAUUAAAGAAGCUGUUAAGAAAGGUAGUUUAGAUCAACAAGAAGCUAAUAGGAGAAUUAAGAAGAUUAAAAAUAAACAAAAGCAAUUAGAACAACAACAAAUUGAACUUAAUCGUAAUCAAAAUAUGUUUAUUACUAGAGAUGAAAUGCGUGCUUAUCAGAAUUAUUUGAAUUCUAAAUUUGAUCAGACGGAUAAUCGUUUACAAGAAUUGGGAUAUUAUGUUAAUAAUGUUAAAAAUAUGGAUAAUCGUAUUGAUGGUAUUGAAAAUAUUUUAAAUGCUCAUCGAGUUACAAUGGGACAGUUGAUGAAUAUUAUUGCUAGGAAUAAACGAGAAACUGAUGCUACGCUCGCUACUUUAAGUAAUGAAAAUAAAUUAUUAUAUAGAGGUCAAAAUGAUCUUGCUAGAGCUAUUAUGCAAUAUGAAGGUGAAAAUCAAAUUCUUAGAAAAACGGUUUUUGAUCUUACUGCGUAUUUGACUAAUUUAAAGGUGGUUAGUCCAGAUCAAUAUAAACGUGAACAGGAUCAGAUUUUAAAUUAUAUCCAACAUUUAAAUGAACGUAUUGAAUAUAAUCAACGAUCUCUUGUCAACGCUAAAGAUAAUCAACAACAUUUUGAAAAAGAUUUUGAAUAUAUGAAGCAGAAUGCAUUGGUUGUUGAAAAGAAAGUUAAUAAUGAAGUAUUUAGACAACAAAAUAACGAUGUGUAUUUUGAAAGAUGGAAACCUAUUAUAAGUAUUUGUAAUAAAGUUGGUGGAAAUUUAAAAAUCGAUAAAGAUGAAUUAUAUAAAUAUGUUUAUAGUAUUUCUGAUCCGGCUGAACGUACUAAGGUAAUAAGAACACUUGACGCACAAUUUGCUGCAGUUGCUAGAGGUUUUAGAUUGUAUAAUCAAAAUCCUAAUACUGAUAUAUCAAAUAUGGUUAAUAAUAUUAAUAAUAUACAAACUGCUUAUGGAGAAGGUAAUAGAGAUUAUAACGCUGCUCAAAAUUAUAAAGAAGGUAAACAAAAGGUUGUAGUUGUUAUUCCUGUUGCUACACGUGCUGAUAAGGUUCAUGUAUCUCAACCCGAAAUCGUUGAAGAUAGAGAGUUUGCAAAGGCUUUUAUUGGAAAGAAUCGUAUUGCUUCUCAAGCUUUUACUGGCUUUAAACAACAGCGUUUUCUCGAGUAUAAUGCUGAACGUGGGUUAUUUGAUGAAGUAUAUAAGGUAUUUGCUCAGGUUGAAAAGAAAGUUGGUGCUCAUGAAGGUAGAGUACACAAAAAUAAUAAAUAUACACAACGAUAUUUUGAGACUGUAGAUUAUGUUAUAAAACAGUAUACUGAUCCUUCUGCUAGUUCUAAUGAUCGAAGACAAGCAUAUGAACUUCUUAAAAAGGAUGCUACUAAUUUUAUGAAUGCGUAUGAUGCAGCUACUGAACAUGAUAAUGUUUCUAAACAACAACAAUUAUUAAUUGAAAAUGGUGUUCAAUCUGGUUCUUUGAGUCUGGCUUUACGUAAUCCUAAAGUACAAGAGAAUUUACAAGAAUAUUAUACACGUACUCAGAAGGAUUAUUAUAAUCAAGUUAAUCGAGAUGAACAAGCUAAACAAAAUGGUCAAGUUACUAAAGUUGAUAAUACUGUUAAAAGUAAUGAUGAUUAUAUUAAAGACCUCACUAAUCCUAAAAAGAAUAAACCUGGAUAUAAACCAAGUGCUGUUGUAAUGGAAGUAGAUGAAGAUUUGUUGAAGGAUUUGAAUAUUGUUACUCUCGGAGAAGAGACUCAAGUUCCUACUCAAGCAUUGACUGAUGUUAAACCAUUAGUACUUAAAGAUAAAACGGGUAAACCUUUACUUAAGGAUAAACAGACUCAACAAACUAUUGGAUUUGAUUAUAGACCUCCUCAAAUUACUAAUAAACCUAAACAACCAAAACUUGAAUAUAAUUAUGAACCACAGCAGUUGUUAGAAUAUCCAUAUCAACAAUAUCAGAUGGAUUAUCCAGAAAAAAAGCCAAAGGCUCCUUCUAUUGAUGGUGCUUCAUUUGAUCCAUCUACUACUCAACCACACCAGACUAAUCCUGCUGAUGAUCCAAAAUAUAAAAGAAGACCGGAAAUAAGACGUUUUGAAUUUAAAUAA